CUGAGGUUGUGACAAACCCUAACAAGACUGUAUCUUUCCAGUCUCUUAGCUUCAUCGUUUUGCCGCCGCUUCUCCGCUUCAGGCCCGAGCGAUACAGGUAAGUCAGGUGUUGAAAAGAUGGGCCGUGUCCGUACCAAGACAGUGAAGAAAUCUUCUCGUCAGGUCAUCGAGAAGUAUUACUCAAAGAUGACACUCGACUUCCACACGAACAAGAAGAUCUUGGAAGAAGUUGCAAUCAUCCCCUCCAAGAGGCUUCGCAACAAGAUUGCCGGGUUUUCCACCCACUUGAUGAAACGUAUCCAGAAGGGACCAGUCCGUGGAAUCUCCCUGAAACUCCAGGAGGAAGAACGUGAACGCCGCAUGGACUUUGUCCCCGACGAGUCUGCCAUUAAAACCGACGAGAUCAAGGUCGAUAAGGAAACCCUAGAGAUGCUUGCUUCUCUGGGAAUGUCUGAUAUUCCGGGUCUGUCUGAAGUGGAGCCGCAGGCUAUGGCGCCAACCAACCUGUUUGGCAGGCCGGGCAGAAGGUACUGAGUUGCCAAUGGCUGGUUCUUGAAAGUAAUAUGGAUAUGAAACAUCGUUUGCUUUCGGUUUAAGGUUAAUGUCUGAAUAUGGAACUGUUGCAUUUGAUCUUUCAUUUUUUUGGUGAUAUGUUUUUGUCUAUUUGGAACCAAAGAGUUUGAGUUAUAAUAGUCAGAAGCAUCCAUGAUCCUUUUCCAAUGUGAUUUUGGUAUUAUGGGUUUUGAAUGGUUA